AUGGCUUUUGCCCUGUUUGGUAUUGGAUCGAUUGUUUUUGCCGUCGCGAACAACAUGGCAGUUCUGAUUGUAGGACGUGUUCAUCAAGGACUGGGCGGAGGCGGUCUCGACGUCUUGAGUGAGGUCAUUGUCGCCGAUAUCACUACUUUGCAAGAAAGGGCUGUGUAUAUUGGACUACUAUCGCUUCCAAUGGCUGCAGGGUGCAUCGCGGGUCCCAUUCUCGGUGCAGUCUUCAGUGAGUUUGUUACGUGGAGAUGGAUCGGCUGGAUCAAUCUGCCCAUAAUUGGCAUUGCCCUCUUUCUGGCUAUUUUCUUUAUGCACCUGAGACCAAUUGAUCAGUCCCUUUGCUCCCAGCUUGGCCGUAUCGACUGGCUUGGAAUGCUACUAUUUACGGCCGAUUGUGUUCUUCUCGCCCUACCGCUUAGUUGGGCAGGGAAUAUGUACCCUUGGGGAUCGUGGCGAACAAUCGUUCCGCUGAUCAUUGGUGUUUUGAUUUUGGUGGGAUUUGCAUUUUACGAGGGUUAUCAGACUGACGCUGUCUUUCCCUACCGUAUCUUCAGCUCGAGAACGGCACAAAUGUCCCUGCUUGGAAGCUUCAUCCAUGGUUUCGUGCUUUAUACUCUUCUGCAAUAUCUUCCACUCGGUCUACCUCGAAACACCGAUGAAAUCCUCCAUCUCGAUCCUGCCAUUCUGCUGUGUGGUCUUGUCUUUACGGGAAUUGCCGCCUUCGCCGUUGACUUCUUCCGGAAAUACAUGUGGGAAAUUUGGGCUGGAUGGGUUUUCCUCGCUGUUGGUUGUGGUAUCUUCUCACUGUGGAACCAAUCCUCCUCAGCAGCCAUAACUGCUAGUUUCCAGAUCAUUGCGGGGAUUGGUAUUGGCACAAUCUUCAGCGUCCCUCCCAUACCAAUGCAAGCUAGCGCUGCACCCGACGAUCAGGGUCUCGCAAUGGGAAUAAUGGUCGCAUUCAGGCUAUUCGGUGCCCUUAUUGGUCUUGCAGUUGGUGCCACUACAUUCAGCAGUGUCCUCGCCAACAGGAUUGGCGGCAUCGAUUUACCUGCUUCUUUGGCAUUGUUGAAAGACCCCAGUGAGGUCGUGAGCUUUAUUCCCUAUUUGCGAACGGCCGACAUCUCUCCUGAUAUGCGGGACCUCAUUCGAGAAUCAUACAAGGAUGCCAUGCAGACAAUCUGGUAUGAGCUGGCAGCUUUUGGAGUAUUGGUUUUCUUGAGCUCUCUAUUCGUGGAGGAAUUGACUAUGGAGACGGAAGAGUUGGGUCGGCAGCAUUUCGAGCAUGAGUCAGACUAA